CCCGGGGACGCGGGCGGGGACGAGCGGGGUCGCCCGGCGCGGCCCCGUGCGCGGUCCCGGGCUCCUGGCGCGCGCUCUGCGCUGGCUCGCGGUUGAUUUGCUAAUCCUCCCCAGACCCGGCUGUGAACACAUUUAGGGGAAAGCCGGCCACUGCGGUGUCGCGGUCCUUGCAGGGUGACAUCGCCUCAGGCCCUGUGCCAGGACAUCGGCGGGGGCUGGGCAUGGCCUACGGGCUGCCCAGGAAGAACACGGUGCAGAGCGCCCUGCGUGGCAGCUGCUAUAGCAUACGGGAACCUUGGGAUCUUGCACUACUUACGAGGACCUGGUACUCAAACAUAGUCAACUCCAAAUUGCCCUUCUUGGGAGACAUUGCCUAUGGGAGUCCCAUAAAGCUCUCGAAAUGCGAAACAAAGGAAACACUACUGCCUUCCAAGGAAGCCAUCAAAAGCGAGAGGGAGUAUGAAAUGAAGCGCCUGACUAAACUGAAACGUCAAGAAAACGCAUCUGAGGAAAUUCAGAUGUCCCUACGAGCAAGGAAAGCUGGUUUGAGAAGACCUCUGCAGCCGAAGUGACAGGCUUGUCGCACUGGAGUCUUUGCUUCCUUUCCUGUGUCAGGCAGGGGUGGAGGUGCCUGCCCCUCACACUGCCCCGUCCCACGUGGGUGUGGGUCUUCCUGGACAGCGCUGACGUCUCCCGGUCCCCGCCAGACCUGGUCCACAUGCACCCUACGUGAAGAACUGACUGUCGUGAAGAGUACUGAAAGCUGCCUGGCACAUGAGAAUUACUUUGGGGUUAGCUGAUCGGAGAUCUCCCUUUGUGGUCUGCUCUCAGAAGCCACUGGGGACCUGACGCACGUCACCCCACCUCUGACCGGAAUGUAA